UGCGGACGACCACGCAAGGGAGCGGUGGGUAGAGAGAAAGUUGUUUUCUUUAAAAGAAGCACAAGGACGACAGGGAGGACAAGCGACACACCGAAGGAGCGGAGAGAGGAGAGGUGACCCGGCCGAAGCGACAUGUUUGGCAUGAUCAAGAAUUCGCUCUUCGGAAACACCGAGGAGACGGAAUACAAACUGCUGAGCAGUGAGACGAAGGAUGGAGUGAGCUUUGAGGUGCGGCGGUACGACGGCGCCAAAUAUGCUACUGUCUCCUCCGAGGGACGGACCUUCGACCAAGUGACAGGCGAGCUGGUGAGGAAGCUGCUCAUGUACAUCGGCGGGAGCAAUGAACAAGGUGAGGCCAUGGGCACAGCAGCUCCAAUCAUCAUCACGGUGUACCCACGGAACGACGGCGUUCUGUCUCGCCGCUUGAUGGUCGGCAUCCGCAUCCCUACCAACUACCAGCAGAGCCCGCCGACUCCCACCGACAGCGCCAUCAGGAUUGAGGAGCGGCCCGGCAUGACUGUCUACGCUCUGCAGUUUGGAGGCUUCGCGGCCGAGAGCGAGUACCGAGCAGAGGCCUUGCGUCUGACGCGCACCCUGGGCGAGACAGCCCCCUUCCAGCGCAAGCAGUACUUCUGCUGCAGCUACGACCCACCGCUCAAGCCUUACGGACGCCGCAACGAGGUGUGGUUUCUACAGGAGGAGCCGUAGGAGAUCAGAUCGGGAAAAUCUCAUGCUGAAGUCUUUAUCCAUAAUAACCCUUUCACCACUGACAAUCCUGUAGCUCUAACAGUGUUCUAUUGGUAAGAGCAAUAUGGUGACUUGAUAGACCUUUGAACCCAAAUGGACACAUAGAGAUUACCCAUGUUGCCUUCACCCAUCUGAUCUUCAGCUCGUCACACAUACAGUAGCUACACUGACGUUAGGUGUUCAAGCAAUGGGACGAUUUAGAAUCUAACAUCGGCACAGCAGCAUUUUCUCAUUCAUCUGAACAUUUUUCCAUUUAAACUCAACCGGAGUGAUUAAUAAAGGCUUCUAGAUAAAUGUAGUGUUAAGAUAUAAAAGUAUUAGUUGGAGUCCUGAACACAGUAUGUAUGUAGCACUGUGACCGAGUUUAGUUCUUUAAGCUGAGGGGAAAUAGAUCUCAAAGAAACUACCUAUAGAUAGUAUCUCAGUGAGUGAACUUAUAUGACUCUGCAUUUAAAUACAAUUCAACAGAUUUUUUUUUUCAUUCCUUUUAGAACUACAUGUUUGUCCUAGAAGGUUGAUAAUGUCCCUGUAGAGCUCCCCUCUCCCCGAAGAACACAUCUUUCAUCUAGUUUACAACUGAAUGGCUGCUACUGAGAAUUGUACAGAAUUAACAUUAUGGUAGUAAAAAGCACACUUCCUUUUCCAGAGUGAGGAACUGGAAAGAAAAAGGAGUUGAGCCAUACGUAGAACUAGUCUUUGUGAUUUAACGGGUGAACAGCUGUGAGUGGAAACUACCUAGCUAGCUAUAGGUGUUGUUAUCAACUUUGUGGUUAUGUGCUGAUCUGUGUGUGUGUGUAGUGAAUAUUUGUGUUUAGGUGCAUGACGCCAUCUUUAUUUAUUCAGACUCCUGAAGCUGUGUUAUGAGAAACAUCUGUACAGAGUGAUUUUCUGUGGUAAGAGUGAAUAAAAUGUUCAGGUUUGAUAGUGUUUAAUAAUACAUUAAAUAUGUUAUUCAGUAAAUGUAUGGAUAAUUCUAGUUGUAGUAUUAGUACCAGUCAAAACAGUUGCACUGUACAGUUGAAACAUUUCACAUUAUGGUGGGACUGUAUGACAUAUAUGACCUUAAAGUUGCAUUAUGUGGUUUUCAGGAACACAUUUUUAAGAAAAAUGAUAAAAAAUCUUUCCUUAUUGAUUUUCAUGAAUGAAAUGAAUAAACAAACGCUCCUCAAAGGACAGCCGUUUUACCCUGUUUAUGUUAUGUUCUCAGUAGCCGGUAAAUGUCCUCAAACAUUUUUUACCAAAUACUUCACAAAAUAUUAACAUAAUGAGAUUUUUGAUAAAUAAUCAUCAGUAAUGAGGAUAUAGUGAGUGGGUAAAGGGAAGUAUUACAAAUAGAACAGCCACUUAAUGCAGCUUUUCAAACCAAGAAAAAACGCUCAUCACCAAAUAACAACAUCCAACGUCUAAAAUGGAUAUCAUGAAACAAUAUAAAGUUGAUGUUAAUACUUCUUGCUGUGACGAGUUAAAAUGAAUUACUUUCAAGUUGACACACACCAUGUGUAGUCUCACAUGACUUCAAGGAAGUUAAAUUUGGGACCUAAAUCAGGCCUUUGAUUUGACAGCAUGGAUAAUACUAUCUGUAAAUACAUGAGAAUUAUAUAAAUAUUAAGUCAUUCAAGGUUUAAAACAAAUCAAAAUGCAAAAUUCAAUAACUGACUCAUUUAUUAGAUUUAAUUGACAGACAAAAUUCAGCAAGAGGAAUAAGAACUGCAAAAGCGAGAUUAAUAUACAGACAUUUGAUUAAUUCAAGCAAACUAAAACAACGCCCUUCAAAGAUCCUGUAUCCACUACAACCGUGUGCAAAUAGUCCUUCAGAACAGCACAAUGAGAGAAGGGGGGUUAUUACACUGCCUGCUGGCUCCUCAUCCUUCUUAAAUCAGGAAGGAAUGGUUUUCGUUCAGAAGUUUCAACAGCAGGCCAAACACUGACAUGCCCCUGAAGUAAUGCUGUGGCCCUGUAACCCCACACUAGUGUAAUUAUACCAAGGGUAGAGUUCUGGUUUCAGCUGGGCUUUGCAUACAUGAAUACAACAGAAGCUAGAAGUAAAGCCUGGGGUCAUUCAGGUAACCCCAGCCUGUCAACUGUAACCUUGUUAUGUGAGGUUGAAAUAUUGCACAGGCAUAUACUUGUUAUGUAAAAAAAAAAAAAAAAAA